AUGAAUUCUAAGAAGCUUAUUGAGAUGGCAAGAAAGUGGCGAAAGGUGGCUGUCUUAACCAAAAGAAUCUCUUCAGCUAAGAAUGAUGCUCAGCUUAAUUCUGAUGCAUGCAGUACAUUGAUUGCCGAGAGAGACCACUUCAUCGUAUAUACCUCCGAUGCAAAGAGAUUCAUGGUUCCUUUGUCAUUCCUUGAAAGCACUAUCUUUGUAGAACUCCUCAAAAUGUCUGAAGAUGAGCUUGGACUACCAAGUAAUGGUCCUAUUGUAUUGCCCUGUGAUUCAGUGUUCAUGAAUAAGAAGUUACUGUUCGUGAUAGAAGCAAUGGCGGCAAAGUUCAAGAUUGAGAAAUUCGACGGGAGUAAUUUCUCACUGUGA